CUCCGAAUUGCUUACUGACGCGACUAGCGAGAAACUUGAUUCAUAUUCUACCAGUUCACAACUACCUAGAUCGGACAGCUGCUUGUCAGUAGGCAGUGAUCUAAGGGGAGCAAACGAAUGUUGUUCUCACAGAUACAUAGCAUUCAGUAACAUCUCACAAUAGGAUAUGUGCAUGCCAAGCUAAGGCGUACAUGGAUGAAUACGAGGCAUCCCUGCUGUCAACGUCACAAUGCAUAUACAGCUGACAUUAAUUGAGGGCAAUAAUAUAUGAGCUGAGCAGCAACUCAUUUCGAAGACAGAGUAUGUCGCUGUCUCGCCAUGUUGCCUCCCCAUAAUUUCGUUCUCUCUGUCGUCAUUCUUCUAGAAUUAAUAUGUAAAUCGGUGUCGACUUCGUGCAAUAGCACAGAAUCAUUGCCCAAUCCCAUUGCGACUACAUAUCCAAACGAAACUACCGGAACAAUUAACGGUACCCAUGCAAUCAUUCCAAUAGACUUGUCAGCAGCUCGGUCUUUGAUACCACCACAAUACGGCAUCAACCUGUACGAACUCUACGCUCUGCAGCCCGACUUCCCACGCAACAAGUAUCCGCUCAUCGUGCAGUCAGUCCUGGACCAUGACGUUGGCGUCGGUACCUCACUUAGGAUCCCAGACUUCACGCGAUCCGCCAUAACCCUCCCGUUCGUCGAUCUCCUCCACGAUGGCCGGACGAGUUUCCGCCUGCUACAUAGCAUAGUCAUGUCUGACAAUCCACUCGCUGUUGAGGGCGCGGCGCUGUACGGACCUCCCCAGCCUCUUGUUGGCCGGUUCGACCCGCCGUGCGAGGCAUACAUGUAUGAAACUUCUGAGCGCACCGCUGCGUCGUCGGUCACGUUUGCUGCGUACCCGCUUCAUGACGACGUGCAUUCGAAGAGGCCGCUCGUGCACACGCGGUUCAAACCAUGUAGAGCGCAACCGUAUUCUUUGGCGCUGUACGAGAAUAUUCUGAAUCAGGUUCUGACUAAUAAUGGCACGCUGUGCGACAACUUCGUCACGUUGUUCGAUACUAGUAUUUCGACUGGAGACUUCAGCCCGGUGCCGGUCGAGGGUCGGGUGGUGCUGAACAGACCGGUGUAUCCUACUGAUAGUGUGUUUGAGGGUGUGUUUGGCAUCAAGGCGGACUUUGCUUUUGUCGAGCGGAACUAUAUUCCGUGUUCGCAGUUCAAGAGUGUUUCUUAGUGACUGGAAUGUGCGGUGUAACUUGAAAAGAAAAGAAAAGGCUUUCCGUGGCUUGUUGAGCCAAGUCUUCUUUGUCCCGGUGUGCCCGAAACCUCGUAGAUAAUGUGCGGAUUUGGAUAGUUUAGGUCCCUGACAUUCUGGGUACGCUAGCUCCGCGUAUCCUCUUAAUGCAGGCUGCAUCACUUCUCUCUUUCGAGACUAGUUCUAUGAUAUGAUAAUGUAUGAGUUCUGGUCCGCUCUCUUGUGUUCAGAUCUAUUAUUGAUACAAAGCAU